GUACCUCUCUCUAGUGAGUUUACUAAAAGUAGAAAAAGACAUAAGAGGGGUUCUUUCCUUUAUCAUUUUAUGUCUUUUUACUAUAUAUAGAUCCACUGGCUGGAACUCAAAAGGGAAAGAUAAUACAAGUAGCACAAAAGUCUUAACAAAUCAAUGCUUCUUCAUUUCCUUUGCCUGACGAUUAAGUUGUACAUCUCAAAUCUUGAUUUCUCAAGAAUGGUGAGGGGAAAAACUCAGAUAAAAAGGAUUGAAAAUGCAACAAGCAGACAAGUAACUUUCUCUAAAAGGAGAAGUGGGCUUCUUAAGAAGGCAUUUGAGCUCUCAGUUUUGUGUGAUGCAGAAGUUAGUCUUAUGGUUUUUUCUCAAAAAGGAAAGCUUUAUGAGUUCUCAAGUUCUUCCAGUACUAACAAGACAAUAGAACGUUAUCAGAAGAAUGACAAGAAUUUGAGACAUGACAAAAUAUUGCUUGAACAAACUACCGAGCAUUUGAAAGAGGAGGCUGCUACUAUGAGUAGGAAGCUGGAGCUUCUUGAAAACUCUAAAAGAAGGAUUUUAGGAGAAGAUUUAGAUUCUUGCUCCAUUGAUGAACUUGAAAAGGUAGAAGAACAGUUAGAACGAAGCUUAAGAAACAUUAGGGCAAGAAAGAGCCAGCUAUUGAGGGAACAGAUUGCUCUUCUAAAGGACGAGGAAAAAGUCCUAAUGGAGGAAAAUGCAGAAUUACGGAAAGAGUAUGAGGUCCGACCGCUGCCUUUAUUUAUUGAUCGACAAGAAGAGGAACAUCUUCAGAGACAGACAAUGGAUGUAGAGACACAGCUAUUUAUUGGACCCCCAGAAAGACGAAGUUCACACUAAUUUAAUUACCAAUUCUCUGCUAAGAAAGUUCCAUAACUUCGACCAUUUGCAACUGUAAUUUUAUUGAGUUGAUGAAUAAAGCAAAAAAGAAAAAAGAAGAAAGAAAGAACCAAAUUGGCAUAUGUUUUUUUUUCCCUAUUUUUCAGGCGUAAUUAUAAUCUAAAUGGAGUAUUAAUGUGUUACAUUGUAAGGUAUUGGAUGUAUAUUGGUUGUUAUACUUGUAUAGUAUCAUUUUCUAUGUUAAAAUACUCCAUAUAUCAAUAUAUAUGUGGUCAUUUUGGAAA